CAGGUGGUGACCGGCCGGCUCUGAUGGGCGGGCCAUGCCGCCCCGCCGGCCGGACCGGAGUAUGAGGACGGCCUGGAUGAUGCUACUGCUCGCAUACCUACCGGCAACGACCGGAGUGGAGAUGGGCAGAGGCAAGCACGUGACGGCCCUUGUGGGCCGGAAAAGUGUCAUCCUGGACUGUCCUCUCGACUUCCCCGAUGGACAGCCUGUCCCCUACGUCAUCGAAUGGAAGAAACAGAACUCCAACACGCCCCUCUACAUCUGGUACGACGGAUACCCUCCGCACGUGGCCGACCCGUACAAAGGCCGAGUGAAGCGGGUCGACCUGAGCAGCAAGCACUACGGCAUGGCCUCCCUCAACAUGACCAAUGUGACGGAGUCGGACGCCGGCUGGUACGAGUGUGUGGUCCACUUUUUGGACCGGUCGCCGGCCGUGCUCGGGAACGGCACCUGGGUCCAUCUGGACGUGCAUGCGCCACCAAGACUGGUGCGGAAACCGCCCGCUAAUAUUUUCGUCAACCUCGGUGAUUCGGAGAUACUGGCGUGCGUGGCACAGGGCACACCGGAGCCUGUCAUCAAGUGGUAUAAGGAGGACAAACGAAUUCAGGAUACGGAGACGGUGGCGGUAAAAAACGACGGAACAGAGCUGCGGAUAACUCGAAUAAGUGAGGCCGACACCGGAGAUUACAUCUGUGUGGCUGAAAACACCGAGGGAAGCGUACACUCAACGACCAAAGUUAUCCUAGCAGGUGGCGCUGUGAUCACCAGCGGCCCUGCCAACCUCACCCGAAUGGAGGCCACUCAGGCCGUGUUCACCUGCGAGGGCCGCGCGCUGCCGGCCAACUUCACCAUGCGCUGGCUGCGAGAUGACAUCCCCGUGGAGCAGCACAGCGGUCUGGAGCGGCGCUUCCACAUCUCCAACAACGGCUCGCUGGUGAUCGACCCGGUGGCGGCCGAGGACUCGGGCAUGUUCACCUGCGAGGUGUCCAACGGCAUUGGAGCGCCCAAACGCGCCUCGGGAUUCCUCGAGGUCGAGUAUGCGGCCCACGUACCAUACACGCCCUCGAUGCAGUACCUGCCGGCCGGCCUGCAGGGGGUCAUCCGCUGCCACAUCAAGUCCAACCCACCCAUCCAGUUCAUCAAGUGGUACAAAAACAAACGCGAGUUCGACCCCAAAGUCGAACCUGGCCUCCGACUGCUCAUGAACGGCUCAAUACUCAUCGAUACGGUGCGUCCGGAGCACCAGGGCGUCUACACGUGUCGGCCGUUCAACUCUCACGGCUCGAGCGGCGAGUCCGGCAACAUGCAGGUGGUGGUCAGGGAGCCUCCCAGGUUCGUCAUCCGGCCCAAGAACCUGUACCAGAGGAAGGUACACGACUCCAUCGAGAUGCCGUGCACAGUGGAGGGCUCGCCCACACCCAAAGUCGUCUGGAGGCGGCACGAUAAUCAAAGCCUUCCGAGCGACCGGGCAAUUGUCAACGAGGGGAACAUCACCAUCAAGUCGCUGAAAAAGUCCGACUUCGGCUACUACGAGUGUGUGGCGCGGAACAGCGUCGCCACCAUUGUUACAUCCACUCAGCUGGUGGUAGAGGGCACGACGCCGCACGCGCCCUACAACAUCACCACCAACGCGUCCAGCUACGCCAUCACCAUCCAGUGGCUACCCGGGUACAGCGGCGGCGACAACUUUGACCAAAAGUACUUCGUCUGGUACCAGCAGUACGGCACUGCCAACUGGAACACAUACGAGGUGGAGCCGCCGGGCGCCUCGCGGGUCACCAUCUACCGCCUGCUGCCCAACACGCGCUACGAGCUGAUGGUCUCCGCCAAGAACGACCUCGGCGACGGCAUGUUCUCCGACAAGGUCAUCGUCAAGACGCUGGACGUGGGUGUCACUGCAGGUACCGCUGCCCCAAUGAAGGAGGCACCCGGGCCGAAGCCGAACCCGACGCGGGACCUGAAGAUGGAGGGUCUGUCUCACGGCAACCUGCUGACCUGGGCGGCGCCGGUGGAGGUGCCCGACGUACCGGUACACUACUACUCACUGCGGUACAAACCCGAGGAGGGUAAAUGGAAGCGGCUCGGACCGGACAAAAUCACCGACACCGAGUUCUUAGUGCGGAACCUGGACCCGGGCAUCUACUCGUUCCGUGUGUACGCCCACUCAGACUCCAGCUUCAGCGUCAGUCCUGUGCUGGAGUAUGAGAUCUCGGACCGGAUACAGCAGAAGGCCAUCACUGCCGCGCUGGUCGGCGGUCUGCUGCUGCUCAUCGUCUCCAUCAUCCUCUCCGUCUGCACCGUGAAAAUAUGCAACAAACGAAAACGAAGGAAACAAGAGAAGGAGUACAAUAUGGUGGCGUGUCGGGUCACCGAGGCUCGUAACGGUCUGCACAGUCCCGUGCCUUUGAAAAACCUUGUCCGCCGAGUACCGGGUCUGAUUCGGCACGCCAGCAACCUUCUGUACCGGCCGCGGCUCUCGGCCGGCCUCUCGCAGAGUCUCAUCGACGACCUGGACCUGACGCCGCGCCGCGCCAAAAUGGUUUACAGCGUCGAGAUGGAGUACAGUCAGCCGCUGGCCUGGAUCGCGCGCACGCCAGACGGGCGCUUCGUCGUCAACGGUGACGACGACGGCGGCUUUCUGACGCCGAGCGGGGAGCGGCGGCGGCGGCUGCGGCAGGCGGCACGGCCACUCCAGUCGGGGAUCUACCACGUCCACCCGCGCCGCUCUCCGCGCACGCCGGUGCCGGCUGGACGCAGGGUGAGUCACGGGUUCGGCAAACACCAGAUCCCCGAGCACGCGCCCACCUCGCCCGUGGCGCUGUCGCCCGACGGCCGCCGGUUCCGCGCCUCCUCGCCCGGUCCACUGGCCGGCCAGCUGGGGCCGUUCGAGUUCUCCGACCUGAGCUCGGUGGCCGUGCCCGGCUCGAUAGAGAGGACGUUUCCCAGCACGGUGCUGUCGUCUGGGUCCCAGCCGUCGCAGGGGGCGACCCCGGCCACCGGUACGGCGGCGGCGAUGGUGCAUCGGCGCGACGCGGCGCCGCAGGAGACGCCGCGGCGGCGGCCCGACCCGCGACUGCCGGCUCUGCGCACCAUCCAUGAGGCGGCGGCGGCCGGCGCGUCACCCCACUACGAGAACUGGCCCGUGGAGGGCCGGUGGCGCUCCGCCGUGGCCGGCCCGGCCGACACCCGGCUGCCGCGGCUGCUCGACCCGCGGCUGGCGUUCCGCGACUCGGGCCAGCACGUGCACACGGUGGGCCACAUCGAGCCGCCGCGGAUAGCGGACAUCCCGCGGCCGCGGCCCCGGCAGCGGCCACAGCCCGUGUACGCCAACGUGCCGCGCUGGUCGGCGGCCGGCGGCGACCCGUACCGGCCCCAGAGACCGCUGGCCACCAGCUCACCGCCGCCCGUGGCGGCCGCCCCGCCGGCACCGCGCCGCUUCGUGACCCGCGCGGAGCCGCAGGCGCCGGUGCCGCGGCCGGCGGCCGUGCCCGCGGUGCCUGCCGUACCGGUAGGGGUGGGGGUGCCCCCGGUGGCCGUGCCGCCGGCAGUGGUGCCCCCGGUAGCGGUUCCCGCUCGGACGACCACUGAGGAGUCGCCCUCCAGCUCUCUGGGCCGCACCGACCGGCCGCUGGCUUACACCCGCGAUCGGCUGCAGGCCGCCAUCGGCCGGGUGCGCUCCCAGCUGGGUCUGCUGCGGCCGGCCAGCGCGCCGGCGCUCUCCCGGUGGCCAGAGGAUGAGCUGCCGCCGCACGAAAAGUCCAGCUCCAGCGGGCUCGGCUCCAGCAGCAAGAACACCUCACAGCGGACCCACUCGUCGUCGGGUCUGUCUCAGCAGCUGGCCGACUCUCAGCUGACGGAGCCGCCGCCGUCGCCGCCGCCGCCGCCGGCGCUGCCGCCCUCACUGCCGCCCACCCACUGGCGGCCGGUGGAGCGGCCGGGCACUCAGCUGCCGGCCCAGCUGCCCUACCUGCCUCCCUACCUGCCGCCGCCCGCUUACCUGCCGCCGGCGCAGCCGCUCGACAUCUCCGUGGACGACCAUUACGAGUUCGACCCGGUGCUGACUCCGGGCACCGAGUCUCCGGGCGGCGCGGCGCCCGUGCUGCCCCGCUCGCGAGUCCGGCACGUUCCGGAGAUGGAGGCGCGUGUGCAGGCCAUGAGGCAGGAGUUCCAGCGGUACCGACAGCGUCGCGCGCGCCGGCACCGCAGCGGUGACGAGCCGGUGACGGAGACCGUCUGCUGAGAGGCGCCCGCCGCCCACCCCCUGUGUUCGUACAUACGCUACUGCCAUUCUGCUUUACGUUAGCCACCACAGUACAACCCGCGUGAUUUUGUUCAGCGCGUUGCUUGCGCUCGCCGGUGGUUCGAGCGUUAUUGUUUGUUUGGUUGGUUAGUGUGUUGGUUGUUGGUUCGAUUGGGUAUUCUCGCGAUGUUUUGUUCGUUUUUUUUGUCUCGAUUUUUCGCCCGGCAUUUUGUUCGAGUGUUUGUGAUUUUUGUUGCGGCAGCUGGUGAGACAUUUUGUUGCGUCGUUAUCGCGUGUGAACUGCAUUGUCGAGGCAUUGCAUUUGCGUUCCUUGGUUCAAAUGUGACAGCUUUAACGCGGCGGCGGCGGCGGUGGCGGUCGGCCAGACUCGUCUGCUGGCCGUGUCUCCCUCGAGCACGAUCCUGUGAUAACUGACGCGCCAGAGAGGCCCCUCUCGGAGCCCCGGGUCCCCGCGGGGCCCACAAGGUCCGGCGGGGGUCUAAUCGGACCCCGGACUGGCGCCACAACCUGUACAUAGCGCGAGAUCCGUCGCGACGUCAUACAAGUCUGUGUACAUACCGUCUUUUGUAUCGCUGUUCGCGUCCCGUCCCCCGUUCCCCAGUAGUCGUUUUGAACGCAGUGGUCCGUCAGACCGGUCGACGCGGCCACCCUCCACCCAGUUCGACGGCCGCGACUGCCGCACGGUUGCCUAGCAACCAUGGCCCCAUCCGUUGAUCUCCAUGGCGACGGGUGGACCACUGCCGGCCAGUUAAUUCCCGGUCCGGUCCGGACCGGACGCCCCCCCCCCCCCCCCCGUGCGGUCUCCUGACUAGGUGCACCGCUCGGACCCGCCGCUCGAUCGCGACCCCUCUCCCCCGCGGCUCCCCCUCAGUGACAUGACCCGUGCAGUCUAGUGCUAGCUCGAGUGUGUGGGCCGCCGUGCCGGCGACUGGCGGCGUUGUUUUGUUGAAGCGGUUCGCGCUGUCGGCCCGGACUCUGUUCACGUUUGGCGGGGGCCGCGCGCCGAGUAUGUGUUUCUCUUCCCUCGAUAUUACCUCACGGGCAUGCUGUUUUAGUCACUGACGCAACGAAUGCUCAUUGCUCAAGGCGUGGGCCGGUGGGGUCACGGCGGCCGGACCGAAUCACCUUUGCUUGGCGUCGCAUGUAUUAUAUAUUGUACCACUUGUCAAAUACAGUGUUCUUUUGUACAAGGA